GGGAAGGAGGGGCUAGGUUCUGGAGUAGAAGACUGACGUGCAGAUUACCCUCAAAUUGCCCUGGUGUCUCCAUCUCUCCACUCACACAUCUGUAUCCAGCAUUACCCACAAGGAGCCACCCAGCCUUAUAGCUUUCCCUCCUCCAUGGGCUGUGAUGUCACCUGAAUACAGACAGGCCCACAGGCUAAGGAACUAGAAGCUGUUCUGUGGACAGGAAGAAAGUUUGCUCAGGACCACCCCUUUCCCGGUUCGCGGGGAGUCAGCAGACGCCGCCGUACUGCGCAGACUCCUCGCUGCAGUGGGCGUGAUCCGUGGAGGUUCCGCCCCUUCUUUCCCGCCCCUACUCAGCUGCUCAGACAGAAGCUGGAGCCCCACCGAAGUAGCAGCCAACUUCUGAUUUCCAGUCCCUGACACACCCACCUAGCCGCCUUCGUUCUUCAGAGUCCCCCCAGUGGCCAGGCAAUAUGAAGCCCAAACUGAUGUACCAGGAGCUGAAGGUGCCUGUUGAGGAGCCUGCGGGAGAACUGCCCUUGAAUGAAAUCGAGGCAUGGAAGGCUGCAGAGAAGAAAGCCCGCUGGGUCCUCCUGGUCCUCAUCCUGGCGGUAGUGGGCUUCGGUGCCCUGAUGACUCAGCUGUUUCUGUGGGAAUACGGGGACUUACAUCUAUUUGGACCAAAUCAGCGCCCAGCCCCCUGCUAUGACCCCUGCGAGGCGGUGCUGGUGGAGAGCAUUCCCGAGGGUCUGGAGUUUCCCAAUGCCACCACAAGCAACCCCUCCACUAGCCAGGCCUGGUUGGGCCUCCUUGCUGGUGCUCACAGCAGCCUGGACAUCGCAUCCUUCUACUGGACCCUCACAAAUAAUGACACCCACACACAAGAGCCCUCUGCCCAGCAGGGUGAAGAGGUUCUUCAGCAGCUUCAGGCGCUGGCACCCCGAGGUGUAAAGGUUCGCAUCGCCGUGAGCAAACCCAAUGGGCCUCUGGCUGAUCUGCAGUCUCUGCUACAGAGUGGUGCCCAGGUCCGCAUGGUGGACAUGCAGAAGCUGACCCAUGGUGUCCUGCACACCAAGUUCUGGGUGGUGGAUCAGACCCACUUUUACCUGGGCAGUGCCAACAUGGACUGGCGUUCGCUGACCCAGGUCAAGGAGCUGGGAGUGGUCAUGUACAACUGCAGCUGCCUCGCUCGAGACCUCACCAAGAUUUUUGAAGCCUAUUGGUUCCUGGGCCAGGCAGGCAGCUCCAUCCCGUCAACCUGGCCGCAGUCCUUUGACACCCGAUAUAAUCAAGAAACACCGAUGGAGAUCUGCCUCAAUGGCACCCCAGCUCUGGCCUACCUGGCGAGUGCACCCCCACCGCUGUGUCCAAGUGGCCGCACCCCAGACCUGAAGGCUCUGCUCAACGUGGUGGACAGUGCCCGAAGCUUCAUCUACAUUGCAGUUAUGAACUACCUGCCCACCAUGGAGUUCUCCCAUCCACGCAGGUUCUGGCCAGCGAUCGAUGACGGACUGAGACGGGCUGCGUAUGAACGAGGCGUCAAAGUGCGCCUGCUCAUCAGCUGUUGGGGACACUCUGAUCCAUCGAUGCGGUCCUUCCUACUUUCCCUGGCUGCACUUCAUGACAACCAUACUCACUCUGACAUCCAGGUGAAACUGUUUGUGGUCCCUGCGGAUGAGUCCCAGGCCCGAAUCCCCUAUGCCCGUGUCAACCACAACAAGUACAUGGUGACUGAACGUACUUCAUACAUUGGAACCUCCAACUGGUCUGGAAGCUACUUCACAGAGACAGCAGGCACCUCCCUGCUGGUGACACAGAACGGGCACGGUGGCUUGCGCAGUCAGCUGGAGGCUGUUUUCCUGAGAGACUGGGAAUCCCCAUACAGCCACGAUCUCGACACCUCAGCCAACAGUGUGGGCAAUGCCUGCCGCCUGCUUUGAGACUCAGCCCGAUGGACAGGCCAAAGCCUUCCAGGCCUCCUCGGACUCAGCUCUGGGUCCUGGCUGCUGUCCCUGUGCCCUCGCUUCUGUCUAUCCUGUGUGGCUCUGUACUCUCCACUGUACUCCUGCUGCUACCUCCACCGGCCGGACACUCUGGCCCCUGUGGACCUAGCAGAGCUGGGGAAGGAUCGGGCCCCAAAGAAGUGGGGGUGCAUGCUGGGCCCAGACCUUUGGCCCACCCCCAAAGGGGCCAAGAUUAUGAGUAAAUGAUUGUCUGUGUAGCCUGUG